CAUUAUCUGAACCCAUAAAAAGGAAACUGAACCACUGGGUGAAUUUUUCCCCCCAUCGACGACUACCCUCCUCUAAUCACAUGUGUCCAAUUGUAUGAAAUUGCGGCGCCAUUAAAAACACAUCUCAAAAAUAAAGACAUCACAUCAUUGAACUCGUUUAGACGGAGAGCAGAUUAACACAUAAUUUUAACGAAAAAUAAAUAAUGCCGGCGGAUACCAAGACAGCGAAUGCCGCCGAGGCGGACACACCCACCAAAGGCAAGAAGUCAUCCAGUAACUCCAAGGCAGCCUUGGCUCGCAUAUCCUUAUUGGAUGGCUCCAUUUUGGAUGUGACCAUAGAUCGCAAAGCCAAGGGUCGUGAUCUACUCAAUUCCAUUUGUGCUGGCCUUAAUAUAGUCGAAAAGGACUAUUUCGGCUUGACCUAUGAGACCCCCACAGAUGCUCGCAAUUGGUUGGAUUUGGAUAAGCCCGUUUCGAAAUUUUUCGGCGCCGAUCCCUGGCCCUUGCAGUUCGCCGUAAAAUUCUAUCCUCCUGAACCUUCGCAGCUGCAGGAGGACAUCACCCGCUAUCAUUUGUGCCUGCAGGUGCGCAAUGACAUUUUGGAGGGCCGCCUGCCCUGCACAUUUGUGACCCAUGCCCUUUUGGGCUCCUAUUUGGUGCAAUCGGAAAUGGGCGAUUAUGAUGCCAAGGAAAUGCCCGAUCGCAGCUAUUUGAAGGAUUUCAAAAUUGCCCCAAAUCAAACGCCAGAAUUGGAGGAAAAAGUAAUGGAUUUACAUAAAACACAUAGAGGUCAAUCUCCAGCUGAAGCUGAACUCCACUACUUGGAAAAUGCCAAGAAAUUGGCCAUGUAUGGUGUUGAUUUGCAUCCGGCCAAGGAUUCUGAAGGUGUGGACAUUAUGUUGGGUGUCUGUGCCUCAGGUUUAUUGGUGUACAGAGACAAAUUGCGCAUCAAUCGUUUUGCCUGGCCCAAAAUUUUGAAAAUUUCCUAUAAGCGUCAUCAUUUCUACAUUAAAAUACGUCCCGGAGAAUUUGAACAACAUGAGGUGACAAUUGGUUUCAAAUUGGCCAGUCAUAGGGCUGCCAAGAAAUUGUGGAAAUCUUGUGUGGAACAUCACACCUUCUUCCGCCUGAUGACACCGGAGCCACCAAAUAAGACCGGGCUUUUCCCUAGAUUUGGCUCGAAAUAUCGUUAUUCAGGUCGCACCAUGUAUGAGAGUCGCAAGAAUCCUGUGGAUCGUGAUGCUCCCAAAUUCGAUAGGAGUUUGUCGGGUCGUCGUUUGACUUCAAGAUCAAUGGAUGCUUUGGCCUUGGCCGAAAAGGAAAAAGAUGCCCAGAAGCGUCAUACCAUGGGUCAUCCUCCAGAGCAUAUUCCUGAUUUGGAUUCGCCACGCAGUCGCAGUCCUUUGAAGAAGGACAAAAAGGACAAGUUGAUACGUGAAUCUAGCACUGGUACAGCUUCGGCUUCUUCGCAGAGUUCCCUUGAAGGUGAUUACGAGACCAAUACCGGUGCUGCGGCCGAUGCUGCUUCGGCAGCUGCCGCCUUUGCGGGCCAUGAUCAGGCCGCCGCUGAAGCUGAAAAAGAAGCCAAGCUUAAGGAGAAGAAACUGAAGGAGCAGGAAGAGAAAGAGCGCAAGGAGCGUGAAAAGAAGGAAAAGGAAGCCAAGGAGAAGGCUGCCAAAGAAAAGGCCGCCAAGGAGAAGGCUGAAAAGGCAGCUGCAGCAGCCGCUGCUGGAGCAGGCAUGAACGGCCAUGAUGAUUUGGAUGAUUCUCAGAAAUCUGGAAAACAGCGUGGCAUUGGUAUUUUCUCUUCGGGUCGCAAGAGCAAGAGUGGUUCACCAACCAAGGAUGGCAAAGACGCCAAAGAGAAAUCUGGCAAAGAUGCCAAAGACAAAUCCGGCAAGGAGGGCAAAGAUAAGUCUGGCAAAGAUCGUAAACUUGGCCAAUUGGAAUUGGUUACGGCCACUGGUUUGGGUGGCGACGACCAAGCAGACAAAGAUAAACAACGUGGCGCCAAAUCUCCUGGCGGUUAUACCAAACCCUAUGAGUACACCGAUGGCGAUGGCGAGACCAGUCCCACCCGUAAAUCUUAUGUGCCCGGAGGCUUCCGUUACGAUCAAGAUCCCAGUGGUGCUCGUCGUCCUCAGGAUGGCCAAGAUGGCCAGUUAUCACCCACUUCCCAGCAAAAGAAGAUUGGUUUGGCCUUCAACUAUGCCCCCGGUAAUGAGGAUGAUUUGAAGAAACAAGCAGAGAAAUUAAAAUCGGGUCAAUUGUCGCCACGCACCCGUGAUAAAUUGAACAAGGGCCAAUUGUCGCCACGCACCAAGGCUAAACUCCUGAAGGAGGCCAAUUUGUCACCCACCACUAAGGCCAAGUUGCAGGGCAGUGCAGUCGAUGCAGCUGCCCAACCUUUGAGUGAUGCCCAAAAGAGAUCCUAUUCACCCUCAAAGAGUCCCACACAAGGCUAUGCUUCCGGAGCUCCGGGUAAUUAUAAGCCUUUGGUGGAUCCCACAGCAGCAUUCUUGGAAUCGGAGCGAUAUAACAGACAACCUGGCUACAUGGGACCCGGAAGUGGUGCUGAAGCAGGUGCUGGACAAGGUAAAGAUGGAGCUGCCUUGGCUGGCGCCGCUGCUGCUGCUAAUGCUGGCAGGGGUAGUCCCACUAAAGAUGGCCGUGCCUCUACAGCUUCUCCACAGCCCAAGAAAACUGGUGCCUCACCUGUUACACCUACCAGAGCUGGCCCUGGUUUGGCUGGAGCCGGUGUUGCUGGCGCCGGCGCAGCUGCUGCCAAACCCAAAAAGAAGCGCGUCAAGAUCAUGGUCAUAACAUCCAAAUUUGAUCCAGCCAACAAGAGAAUUGAUGCUGAAACUGGCAUUGUGGACCACUCCACUGGCAUCUUGGAUCCCUCGACUGGCCUCAUAGAUACCAAAUAUGGUGUUAUUGAUCCCAAGAAGGGCACUUUGUCCGCUUUGAAUACCAAGACUGGCAAAAAUGAGACCUACCAAGGUGAUGUUGAUCCCAAGACUGGCAAUUUGCAUUUGACCAGCGGCGUCUGUGAUCCCCAUACGGGACGCAUUGAUGAGACGCUGGGACAAAUUAUUGCCAUUACACCACAAGAUGAUCCUGUUGUAGAGUUGACUGUCAUUACCAGCCGCAUUGAUCCCGCCACGGGCAAAGUGGAUGCUGUCAAUGGUGAAGUGGAGCGUUCCUUGGGUGUCUUGAAUAUGGAUUCCGGCUUAUUGGAUACCAAGUAUGGAGAAAUCAACACCAGAACUGGCGAAUUGAAGGCCAUCGACCCGAAGACCGGUAAAAUAGUGGUCUCCAAGAAUAUUAAGAUUGACCCUGGCACUGGGCAAAUCACCAUUUAUGGCGUUAUGGAUCCCAAGACUGGCAAAGUGGAUCCCAAUCAGGGACGCAUCAUUGAGGUUGGCCAACAAAUUGAUCCCAUUGUGGAGGUUACCUCUUUGGCGGGCAAAUAUGAUUCCAAGAAGAAUGUCAUCGAUCCCAAGACGGCCUUUGUGGAAACCUCAGGUGGUCAAUUCGAUCCCAAGGCGGGCAAGAUUGAUACUAAAUAUGGACAAAUCGAUUUGGUCAAACACACCAUCACCUUUACCGAUCCCAAAUCGGGCAAGACAGUUACCCGCGAUAUCAAAAUUGAUCCCACCACCGGACAAAUCGUCCUCAAGAAUCAAAUCAAUCCCAAGAACAACAAGCCCGAUAAGGAUUAUGCCCGCAUUAUAUCCUUGCGCAUUGUGCAACAGCGUGUGGAUCCCAAGACCAAGACUCCCAUUAGCCAAGUCAGCUCGGCCAAGGAUAAGGAGAUUAUUAUUGAUCCCAAAUCCAAUCAAAUAUGGAUGCCCACCGGCACCGUGGAUCCCAAUACCAAGGAGCCCCAAUAUGUCUCCAGCAGCGUUGAUCCCAAGACCGGCUAUGUCAUCACCAUCUAUGGUUAUCUCAAUCCCAAGACGAAUGAAAUCAAGAAACAAACCAAACUCGAUCCCAAUACCACCAAAAUCGAACCCACCUCGGGCAAGAUCUACACAGCCACCGGCGAGACCGAUCCCACGACAGGUGAACCACUCUAUGCUGCCACCCAAGUUGACCCCGACUCUGGCGAAGUCUACACCAAAUUGGCUCGCGUCGACCCCAAGACAGGCAAAAUUGUCAUUGUGCGCAUUUUGCUUAUCUCCAAGGUCGACGAGCGUGGCCGUCCCGAGGAAGUUGAUCCCACAACUUGCGAAAUCGAUCCGGUCUCUGGCCGAGUUCUUAAAUUCUUUAAUAAGACCGUCUAUGUUUAUAAUAUGAUUGAUCCCAUUACUGGUGAAAUUGUACAGGUGGACCCCAACGAUCCCCGGUUUGCUGGUGCUCGCACAACUGUCACACAUACCAUGACCCUGACCGGAGAGAUUGAUCCGGUGACGGGACGCAUUAAGAGUGAAUAUGGCCACAUUGAUCCCAACACUGGCGACAUAGAUCCCGCCACCGCCAUUAAGGAUCCCGUCACAGGCAAAUUGAUUUUGAAUUAUGCCCAAAUUGAUCCUUCGCACUUUGGCAAACAGGCCCAGGUGAGCACCACCACCGAAACUAUACCCAUUACCAGGGAACAAUUCUUCGAUGGCGUCAAGCACAUGGGCAAGAAUGCCUUGCGCCGCGAUUCGGAAGCCAGUUCCGAGGAUGAUAUGACUGGCAAAUACGAAUCGGAAAUUGUCAAGGAUGUGGUGAUGGGCAGUCCCAAGAAGAGCGGCACCUAUAAUCUGGGCAAGCAUGUGAGCACACCCACCGUGGUGAAGACAACGACCAAGCAGGUGCUGACGAAAAAUGAUGGCGGUGUUACCCACAAUGUUGAAGAGGAGGUGCGCAAUUUGGGCACUGGCGAGGUCACCUACUCGACACAGGAACACAAGGCUGAUGCACCAGCCGUUGAUUUGACCAGUGGUGCUUAUGUCACUGCCACCGCGGUGACAACACGUACCGCUACCACCCACGAAGAUUUGGGCAAAAAAGCCAAGACCGAACAAUUGGAAGAGAAGACAGUGGCCACCACUCGCACCCAUGAUCCCAAUAAGCAAGAGCAACGUGUGGUCACCCAGGAGGUAAAGACAACGGCCACCGUGACAAGUGGAGAUCAGUACCCAAGACGUGAUAGUAUUUCCUCCACAAGCUCUGGCGACUCGGGUACGCCCAUCGAUGGUCCCUAUGAUGGAUCGACAGCUUAUCAUAGUUCUACAUCAUACAAGGAAUCUCCCAUGACUAAAACAUCUGCCGUUAAUUCCACCGCCAGCACUACCACCGGCCCUCAUGUUGAACAUACCCGCGUUAUUUUAGGUGAAAACUCUCCCGGCUAUGGCGGUGAAGGUGAAAUUGUCUCCAGCCAAACUGUGAGCAGCAAAACGCGCACUGUCGAAACGAUUACCUGGCAUGGUCAAUGUUUAUUGCUUGCAAGCAAUGAUUAUCUUAAUAGCACAUUUUGGCAAAUUAUUCAAAUUGUUAAAGGCCAAGCACAAGGUGGCCAUGCUUGGUAA